AUGAAACUCGAUAAAAAAAAGGACUUUAAAAAAAAGCUUGUGACCUGCUUAUCCUUGUUACAAGUUGGUGAUCCUUUGAAAAUUAUUGUGGAUGAGACUUUUAUAAAACUUUGCAUUCUUCAUAAGAUAUCAAUAAAAGAGGAGCUAGUAAAAUUAAUGAAUAGACAAAUAAUUCUUAUGACAACAAAAUGUAUAUCACAUAAUGCAAGAAAACAAGCAGGAGAUGAAGAAGCUUCUUAUGCCAUAAGAAAGUUGACACAUUAUAAAUGUAAUCAUAAUGAAGAAAAUCUAAAAAAUGAUGCUGUAGAUAUAUAUGUAAAAAAAAUGAAACUUGAUGAAUAUUCGAAAUUAUCAAAAAAUAAUUAUUUUGCUAAUCAAGUUACGGUAACACAUAAUUUUGACAGUUUAUAUAAUAUAAAAAAUAAAGUUUAUCAAUGUGAUGAAUUAAAAAAUGAUAAUAUUGAAACAUUUAAUAAUAAACAGAAAAAAAUAGUAACAGAAGAAUGUGAUAAUUCAAAUACGAAUGAUCCUACAACCAUAGUAGUUUCGAAUGAUGUUGAUAUAAAUACAAAUGAUAAUGGGCCCAUAGAAAAUUUAAAUAAUGGUGAUACAAAUAAAAAUAACAUUGAUUCCAUAUUAAAUUUUAAUGAUAAUAAUAUGAAUACAAAUAAUAAUAUUAACUCAUUAGAAGAACAUAAUUCUGAAAUACACGAUAAGAUAAAAUUAAAUGAUUCUAUGAAAUGUAUUAUCGAUUUGGUAAAAAAUAAUAACGAAAAGAAAUUUUUCAUUUGCACUAAUAAUAUGGAAUUAAGGUCCUUCUUAAGGAGGGUUUAUAUAGUACCCAUAAUUUAUAUCAGCGAAAGUGGAGUCAUCAAAAUCGAAAGCUUGUCCACAAAGAAUUUAGACAAGAAAAAAAAUGUCGAAUUAAAAAAAAUGAAAAUGUUAAAAUGGGAAAGAGACCUUAAAAUGGCAGAACAGAAAAAAAAUAAAUUAAAUAUUAAAAAGAAAAAAAAAAAAAAUAGGAAAUAA